CCCGCGUGCAAUAAAGACGGAACGCGGGAGAGGGAAAUUCGCGAAAGCCCACGUCUCUCUCUGCAAGAAAGACGGAACGCGGCGUAAAGAGAGGGAAAUGGAAGGGGGAGGAUGGGAGAAGUCCCAUGGCAGUUAGAAUUAGUUUUUUUAGGUUAUAAUGUCGCAUUAUUUAAGGGUUUCAUCUUCGGAGAGAUAAUCUUUCGAAUGGGCGAGCACCACUCCGGUACAGCGGCGACGGAAAGCUCCAGCGAAUCACCUAGAUACAGCCAUUUAACUGCAAACAAAGCCUCAGCAACUCAAAACUCCAUGUCAAUUGAAACUAUGCAACUUGUUAACCACAAAUUCUUAUGCGAUUCACCUUCCCCAAAUAGAUUACAACAUGUUCCUUCUGAUAAUACCUUUGAAUGUACUAAAAAAUCUUGUUCUGCGCAAGCUUCUCAGAAAUUUUUAGAUUAUGGUGUCAUGCAAUGUGCAGCACACCCUUACCGAAAUCAAGCUUUGUACAGAAAGCUUGCUUUAGGACCUUAUAGCUCAGUAAACACAGAUAAAACCUUCACUCCAAGGGCAAACAAACAACUUACCAUAUUCUAUGCUGGUUCUGUUCAUGUGUUUGACAAUGUCCCAUUGUUAACGCUCCAAACAAUUCUUCUAAUGGCAAGUAAGGCUUCAAACACAACGAUAAAAGUUGUAAAUACAAAUUCUGGAGCUUCAGUACCACCUUCUUUCAAAGGGCUGGUAACUAAUCGUCAAAUUUUAACACAAGCUCUGAACGAUACAAAUCAUUCAGCAUAUUCGUGUUCAAGCAUUUCAGCGAAUAAUAAUGGGGUAAUUAUUUCGCCUUCACUGAGUGAUAAUGAUCCCUCGAAGAAUGUUAAUUCUUUCGUGAAAACUAAUAAAGUCGGAACUUCUAUGUUCAGAGUCGUGCCGCAAGCUCGGAAAGAGUCUCUGGCUAGAUUUUUGAGAAAGAGGAAGGAAAGAUUGAGAAACAAGAGCUGUGUUGACCAGGGUGAUUCCCUAACCCUCUACAAAGACUUGGCAUAAUGAGUAAACACAUGGCCUUAUUUUGUUGUCCAAUAUUGUUGUCCAAUUAUAAAUUGUAUUUUUUAUUUUUUAUUCUUUAUUCUUUUUUGUACCUUGUAUUAGUUUUGA